AGCCAACCAUAUUCAACCCCACUUCACCUAUAUAUAAAUGUGCACAGAAACAGACCUAAAGAUAAGAAACUCAUCCUUCAUAAACACAUUGAAAAUCAAAAGCAAAAGAGAGCUAGCUAGCUAGCUGAAUUUGGAUCAGCAUCGGCUCUACGAAGUCAGAAUCAAAUUUUUCUGUUGCCUUUCCCAGUUUAUUCGUGAAUAAUAAUUUGAGGACGUGAAGCGUACUCAUGGAAAAACCAUGCAAGUCAUCAAAGAAGAAAACAAUCUUCAAAUUAUUACCAAAAGCAGUUGCAGCAGCUGCGUUUAUACUACACAAUGCACAUGCACCUUUUAGUCCAAGCAGAGAAAAAAGAUUAGCAGCGGAACAUCAACACAAGAAUCAUUACCAUAAAGGAUUUGCAGGACCAAUUAUACCAGUAAUUCCAUCCCAUCAAUCUGGAAGAAAAUCCGAGCCAAGUUCGCCGAAAAUCUCAUGCAUAGGCCAAAUCAAACACAACAAGAAAAAGACGUUGAAUCGCAUUAGCAGUAACAAAAGAACAAGCACUAGUAACCAUCAACAAAAAAACGUUACGAAGAAAUCGAUGUCUAGUUUUGGAAAUAUGUUUGGUGGCAAAUCGAAAUUUAUUUCGGGGAGGAAAUCAGACGUUACAGCUGAAAAUAUUAUUUGUAACCUUCCUGAUAGAGCACCUUGUUUGAGUCAAAUGCAAAGGUUUGCUAGUGGACGCGAACCGUUGACCAAUUUUGACUGGAGUUCUAUACAAAUUACACCCAAAGAUCAUCCUAAGUAUUAUACGGAUGAUGAUAGAGGAUACAGUGAUUAUGAAGAUGAAGAAGAAGAUGAUGAUGACGAAGAAAAAGAACUAAACGUUACUUUUUCUGCUCCAAUAUUAGUAGGUAGAGGAAGAACAAAUAUACCCUUGGAGCCAAGAAAGGAAAUUAAUUUAUGGAAAAGGAGAACCAUGAAUCGACCUAGUCCGCUUCAAUUGAAUAAUUAUUAGAUAAGUUCUUUUUUUUUUAAUCUUCUAUUUAUUUAAUUCUCUCAGUUUAUUCUUGUUCUUGAUUCAUUUCUGCUUCGUAGUGUAUGAUAUGCUGUAAAUGUAAAUUCAUUCAUUCAUAAGUAGAGUUAAAAGUUAUAU